AAUUGCAGGCAACACUUGACUCAUCGUAGCAGCCGCCUUUUUAGCAUCGCCAGCAGAAAAUGCAUUGUAGUCAAUUUUUAGACCAAUCACUUUUGAUUCAUGAAACAAUAUUCAUUCUUUUCUGGUUUGUCUGUGCUUCUCCCUCCAGACUCCUGCAUAGGGUGGUGUGUGUGGGAAAGAGAGCGCAGGCGUACGCCAUCGCCACGAGAAUGGCUGUCAUCAACAGCCUGGACCUGAAAGACUCCAGUGGAAUGACUGCCCUCCUCUACGCUGCAAAUCACAACCAGCACCUUAUUGUGGCAGAUUUGAUCCAGCUGGGAGCAAACAUUAACCAGAGAAACAACCUGGGGAAGUCCUGCCUCCACUUGAGUGCUGAAAAUGGCUAUAUAAGAGUGCUAGAGGUUUUAAAACAACAGAUGAUGAAUGGAUUGUAUAUUGAUGUGGAAGCCACUGAUAACUCUGGAAUGACUGUCCUCCAGUGCGCUUCUGUGGCUCUAAAGACCAGCAUGAGUGAAGUGGACAGCAGGACCUCUUUGAGUCACAACAGGCUGCACACUCUGCGGCUGGAGCACAUGAUGGAGACGCUGAAGUGUUUGCUGCAGAUGGACAGUUUUGUGCACACUGCUGCUGGCUCGUCUCUUACAGGGGACCGGCAGUAUGCAGCUCAAAGCUGGCUGAACAGCCAGCUUGUUUGCCCCGCAGGGCUCUACGGAAACCGACAGUAAUGUUCUGAGUUUGUUCAGGCUUGACUUUUGGCUGGAGAGACUAUAAUUAGUUUGUACCUCACAGCAAAAGUAUGAGUUCAGGCCUGUUAUGUAUGUGAAGCAUCUGUUAUGCUGUGUGUGGCUGAAGAUCUCUGGCUGGUAGUCAGUGGUUUAUUGUCAGCAACAAAGCAAAGUUAGAUGCCUUUUCGCUGGUUUCUAUGAAACUUCCAAUGUUUGUUACAUUUGUUUAGCAAGUUGUCUCUAAGCAUCUGUGACCCUGAAAGUCCAAACGUUAAAUUAUUUGGCUUUAAUUGAACUUCAGCUAAGUGAUUGUGCCCUUUCAGUGUAUCAGCUCACAAUGAGAAGAAAUGUUCUUAAACUAAUAUUUAUGA